AUGUCCAUCAAAGUUAAGAUAGUGAGUUCAAAGCUAGUAGGACCAAUUUACAAUGGUGAUGAACCAAAACCUGUUCCUAAUCAGUUUGUUCCGCUUAGUGUCUUUGACAAGUUAGUAGAUGAUGAUUAUGCAACGAUCAUAUAUGUGUAUAAACCACCAAACCCAUCAAAUAUGUUAUUCGAACAAGGUCUACGGAAGGCAUUAGCCGAAUACCCAGAAUGGGCUGGCAGGUUUUCUGCAAGUGAAAAUGGCGAGGAGCGUGUGAUACUACUAAAUGACAAAGGUAUGAGAUUCAUCGAAGCAACCGCUGAUUGCACUGUCGAUGAGGUUAUUCCAUUCAACCUGUCUACCUUGUCGAGUUUAAACCCAAGUGAAAGGGGAAUUGAUGAAUUGGCUCUAGUUCAGCUCAGUAGAUUCACUUGUGGUUCAUUAGUUGUGUUCUUUUCGGGAAGCCAUAUGGUGGCUGAUGGAGCUGGUGCAAGUCAAUUCGCUGUAUCUUGGAGUCAAGCUUGUCGAGGUUUAGAAAUUCACCCACGCCCGUUGCACGACCGGAACAUAUUUGUCCCUCGAGAUCCUCCUAAAGUCGCUUAUGACCACAAAAAUGUUGAGGUUGCAAAGAGGGUGGUGAACAAUAAUGAGCUGAUUGAUCCAAUACCUCCUUAUUCGGCAGAUGACGUGGUCCGACAUAGAGCACAUUUCACACCGGAAUUUAUUGCCAGGAUUAAGAGUAAGGCUAACUCCUCAGUUCCAGAUAUGGUCAAUGGUGGACGCAGGCCUUAUUCCACCUUUGAGAGCUUGGUUGCUCAUUUAUGGAGAACCAUGACUAGGGUUCGAGGACUUGCAGAGCUUCAAACAACGGAAAUGAAGAUCUCCGUGAAUGGACGAAGAAGAUUGAAACCUUGUGUUCCAGAUGAGUACUUUGGUAAUUUGAUUCUUUCCGCAUUUCCUCAAUCUCGAGCCAAAGAGCUUUUGGAUGAAUCCUUGAGUCGUACGGCCGAGGUAAUUCAUGAAUCUGUAGGGAAGGUGAACUCGGACUACUUCAAAUCUUUUAUAGACUUUGCAAGCACUAACAUUCAGGAUGAGGAUUUGAGGUUAGAGGAAGAAGGCUGGAAAGUCCCAACUUUGUGGCCCAAUGUUGAGGUAGAUAGCUGGCUUGGAUUCCCGUUCCACGCAGUGGAUUUUGGUUUUGGAAAGCCUUACCUUUUCAUGCCAUCAUUUGGAGCUUGGGAGGGUGUAGCAUACUUAGUUCCUUCGUUUGAUGGUGAUGGAAGCAUAGAUGUCUAUAUAACUUUGUUUCAGCAACAUUUGGAUCGGUUCCAAGAAAUUUGUUUCUGCUUAGACUAA